AUGAAUUCCCUCUCUUAAUUAUAACUCCUUUUAGCAAACAAACCUUCAAAUACAAAAAUGUUUUUGACUCGUUAACAAAUUAUCGAUAAAGUAAAAAAAGAGAAAGAACUUUAACAAAUUUAAAGUAACAGAAUUCAAAACAAAAAAAUUUCUAAACCUUAAUCAGUUAUGAAAGUGUCUAUAGCUAAAUCAUCUACACAAAAAUUAUCUUAAUAAAAAAAAACAUUUAGUUGUUCUAAGUUUUAGAUUAAUGAGUUAGUUCCUGAUUAUGAACUGAUUUACAAAAAUACUAAUAAAUCAUUAUAAAAUCAAUAAUCAACAUUAAAUACAGAUUAUUUCAACUUUGUUAAUACAAAAACGAAAGCAAUUAAAGAUUUUUAAGAAAGAAAAGAUGAAUUUUAAUAAAUUGAAUUAAACCCUUCUUAAAUGUUAUCUGGAUUAGGAUAGUAUUAAUAAAUGAAAAAUGAAUUAAUGAAAUCUUUUUUAGAUAUAGAAUAAAUGCUAUUAAGAAAAACACAUUGA